UGCCGGUUUCAGCACACGAAGAAGAACAAGUCGGUUAGCUGAGCAGCUGGAGCAUUGCAUGGUUUCUUCUUUCUUAGAACUUUAAAGGUUUCUAAACCCCUCGGAACACUUCUCACGACUUACUGCCAAUAUGCUUUGCAGAGCUGCUCAAAUGCGCAGGUGUGCUGCCAGCCUGCUUCGAACCUGUAACCAGGAGGGUGCAUGGAGGCAGAAGCACACACUUCCUGACCUGCUCUAUGAUUAUGGAGCUCUGGAGCCCCACAUCAGUGCAGAGAUCAUGCAACUGCAUUACAGCAAGCAUCACGCCACAUAUGUCAACAACCUCAAUGUCACAGAAGAGAAAUAUCAGGAGGCGCUGGCAAAGGGGGAUGUGACGGCACAGAUCGCGCUUCAGCCUGCUUUGAAGUUUAAUGGAGGUGGCCACAUUAAUCACACCAUCUUCUGGACAAACCUUUCGCCAAAUGGUGGCGGGGAACCACAGAAGGAGUUAAUGGAAGCCAUCAAAAAGGACUUUGGGUCCUUUCAGAAGAUGAAGGAGAAGUUGUCUGCUGCAGCAGUGGCAGUGCAGGGCUCAGGCUGGAGCUGGUUGGGUUACGAUAAGGAGAGCGGCAGGCUUCGCAUUGCAGCUUGUGCGAACCAGGAUCCCCUACAGGGCACCACAGGUCUGAUCCCUCUCCUUGGUAUCGAUGUAUGGGAGCAUGCAUACUACCUUCAGUACAAAAAUGUGCGGCCGGAUUAUGUUAAAGCCAUCUGGAACGUCAUCAACUGGGAAAAUGUGAGUGAGCGUCUCCAGAUCGCCAAAAAGUAAAACCCUCUCUGCUGUAGGCCUGGGUUAAAUGGUUGUUGCAAAUAGUUCUUUAAUUAUGCACGCCAAGCAAAAAAGUGGGUGAAUAUAUUGUUUCAGGUCAGUCUGGUUACAUCUAAGUUGUUUAAAUGCUGACAUCAACACAGUUGGUGCAUGUUCUGUUUCCUUGUGGCAGAUACUUACAUGUUAAAAUGCUAUUAUUUCCAAAUACCUUUUAACCCAGGUCUGUUUCAACUACUCGUCUUCUGAAAGCGCACAAAGAUUGUGAUUCUGCCGUGAAGGCGGGCUUUUGUUAUUAUUGUUAUUAUUCAUGCUUGUCUAAUUUGUAAUCCAGUCUGAGAACACCAGAGUGCUUAUUCGGUGAGCACAAUCAAGUGUUAUUUUCACUUGUAAUUAUGAUGUACAAUAAUAAAGAGAGACAUUCAGUUGUAC